GACCGCACGCGCCUCCCGGCACCUGCGCUGCCGCCGCCAACGCCGCGGCUCCGUGCCAGCCGUGCCCGCGGUGAAACCACAACCUGGGGGGGCACUGAGCCCAGCUGCGUUUGUGGGGACGCACCUGCGUAAUCUUGUAUCAAGCAGCACCGAAAAAGAAGGGGUGCAAGAGGGGGGAGCAGGAGCUCUCUCGAGUUCUCGGCUGUGUGUGAGGGCGACCAUGGGCCUGAGCCACCCCCAGUAGUGCUGAGCAGUGACAGUGCCAGCAGAACGGCGCGCUCCCUACGGGCUCCCUGCCGCAGCAGUGCAGUCACCCCCCCGGGUCACCAGCCCUUCUGUGGGACUGGGGACUGCCGCCUGCCAGCGUCCUCGUGUCACCCCAGCAUGUCUUGUGAGCUGCGCUAAACCCCGUUAAGCCCUGAGGUGUCCCCCAGGGGUGUCGCACAGCCCUGCUGCGGCUGCCUGUCCUUCCUGCCCGCACGGAGACCCAGCCGGGGCUGGCGGGAGGAGACCACCCGGCCACGCUCUCCCCGAGGUGGGCGGGAACCCUCACAGUGGCCCUCGGCGACAUUAUCAACCUCCCAUUGUACACCGCGCCCUUUCCGUGUAGGUGGCAAAGCGUCAGAGGAGGUUUCACUCCGGAACGCCUCCCGUGUCUCCGGGAAUGACACCCCGGGAAGGCGGGGGGAGACGGGAAACCGGGAGAACCAGGCGGGCACCGGCCGCGCGGCUGCCUCCGCUGGCCACGCCCCUUCCAUCUGACCACGCCCCAUUCCCGGGGCCCCCGCCCCGCCGCGCCACCCCCGGGCCAGCAGGGGGAGCCCCGCGCAGCCGCGGCUAUCCGGAAAGAACCGAGCGGCGGCGGAGGCGGCCGAGCCAGGGCUGGCGGCGCGGGCGGAGCGGGCGCGAUGGCGCAGCAAGUCGAGCAGCUGCGGGCGGACGGCGUGGACAAGGAGGUGCUGCGGGAGGGCACCGGGCCGCUGCCAGACUUCCGCGACGGCACCAAGGCCACUUUCCACUACCGGACGCUGCGGUGCGACGAUGAGGAGACGCCGGUGGACGACAGCAGGGCGCGGGGGAAGCCCAUGGAGCUCAUCGCCGGGAAGAAGUUCAAGCUGCCCGUGUGGGAAGCGGCGCUGCGAACCAUGAGGCCCGGCGAGCGCGCGCGCUUCCGCUGCGACGCCAAGCACGUGGUGCUUUACCCGCUAGUGUCCAAGAGCCUGCGGAACAUCGCAGCAGGGAAGGACCCGCUGGAGGGGCAGCGGCACUGCUGCAGCAUCGCCCAGAUGCACGAGCACUACUCCCUGGGGUACCCCGACCUCGACGAGCUCCAGAAGAACCCCCAGCCCCUCAUCUUUGACAUCGAGGUGCUGAAGGUGGAGCCACCCGGCUCCUACCAGCAGGACCCAUGGGCCAUGACAGAUGAGGAGAAGCUCCAGGCUGUGCCCCAGAUCCACAAGGAAGGCAACGAGCUGUACCGGCAGGGCAAGGUGCCUGAGGCAGCUGCCAAAUACUACGAUGCCAUCGCCUGUCUCAAGAACCUGCAGAUGAAGGAGCAGCCAGGCUCUCCCGACUGGAUCGAGCUCGACCAGAAGAUCACACCCCUGCUCUUAAACUACUGCCAGUGCAAGCUGCAGUGUGAGGAGUACUACGAGGUGCUGGACCACUGCUCCUCCAUCCUCAACAAGUACGAGGACAACGUCAAGGCCUACUUCAAGCGGGGCAAGGCCCACGCGGCCGUGUGGAACGUGGCCGAGGCGCAGGCUGACUUCGCCAAGGUCCUGGCGCUCGACCCCUCGCUGCGCCCCGUGGUCUCCAAGGAGCUGCGGAGCCUGGAAGCGCGGCUGCGGGAGAAGGACGCCGAGGACAAGAUCCGCUUCAAGGGCAUCUUCUCCCAGUAGAGUCCGUGGCUGCAAGGGAGAGCCCAGUGCUCUCGGGACAGGUUUUUUUAGAUAUUCCACAUGUGGAAUGGUCAUGGAUGUUUAUUAAUGUUUAAUACAGAUUUUACUUAUUUGAAGUCAGUGGAAAUGGCCCCGGAGCUCGCCACGGCCUGGGGACACAGCCAGGGCUCAUCGUCACGCCAGGGAUGCGUAGGUGACAAGAGCCUGCUGCUGCCUGCCAACUUUUAUCACUUAUUUGAUGUUUUUAUACUUUAUGGUGGCCAUGGAGGGGCGGCACUGAGCCUCGGCCCCAGCUCCAACCCGUUCAUGCCUGUUCUCUGUGCCACGCCAUUGUCACUUAUCCAGGCUGCUGCUAUCAUCCCAAACCAGUGUCUCCUCUUGUCAUGUCAGUGUCGGGAAUAUUUUAUAUAGAGUAACAGCUUGUUCCUGCUAUCUCUAUAAAUCUCUGAUCAUGGUAUGCCAAGAUAAACUCAAGUAAAACCAGUCACACCCCCUG